CUCAGCCAGUGAAACAAGUGCAUCAUUCGAUUUUUUUUUGUUUUAAAUCGAUUACGAAUCGAGUGAUCGUGUGCUGGUGUCUUAAUUAGAAGCUUUGGUGUUAAAUUACAAGUAAAUCGAAAAUGGCCUUAAAGUUGGUGCUCGUAGUCCUGACGGUCGUCGCUUGCGCACACAGCCGCAUGUACUACAACGUGCGACCAAUCAGAGUGGUCCAUUCGGAUCUGCAGCCAGCCGCGUCCAUCGUGCACGCUGAGCCAAAACACUUCGAGCACCACCACAUCUCAGAGGAUGAACACGUUGAUUAUUAUGCGUAUCCGAAGUAUGUCUUCAAGUAUGGUGUGAACGACUUCCACAGUGGUGACAUCAAGACCCACCACGAAAGUCGGGAUGGUGAUGUUGUAAAAGGUCAAUACACGGUGGUUGAACCCGACGGUUCCAUUCGCACAGUGGACUACACUGCUGACAAGCACAACGGGUUCAACGCCGUAGUACACAAGACUGCACCCAUCUCACCCCAUGAAGCUGCCCAUCUUCAUCACAUGCUUGUGGACUUACCAGCCAAGUAUUCAAGGAGUAGACAGUGCACAAGACGGUUGUAUUCAUCCCAGUGUGUGUUUCGUUCAGUGCUAAGCAAUAUGUGUCGUUGUCUGUGUUUGUUUUUGGCUGUCUGUGUUGGUCUGGCGCUCGCUAAGCCCAGACUCCCGUUGCCUGGUCAAGUUUAUCAGUUGCCUGGAUAUGAAUAUUACGAGACGCCAAAAUACGCUUUUAAUUAUGGCGUAGCAGAUCAUUCAACUGGUGACGUGAAGUCACAACAUGAGAGCAGAGACGGUGAUGUUGUCAAAGGACAAUAUUCCCUAGUAGAACCAGACGGUUCUAUACGUACAGUGGACUACACAGCUGAUCCAGUCCACGGGUUCAACGCGGUAGUAUCAAAGACAGGGCCGAACUUGCACGCUGCGCCCGCGCCACCUCCCCAACAGAAGAUCCAGCCAGUGUACUACGCUAAACCUAUACCAGUGCCCGUAGAAGUUCCUGAGUACUACCCACAACCGAUCUAUCCAACAGCUUCGCCAUUCUUAUACCCCAAGGUCGGCGAUCCCCAAUUUGACUACGGUGGUUUCGAGUUCGACGCCCCCUACCAGCCCCAUAAUAUGAUUAUUUAGACUAAUGAAGCUAUUUAUUUAGAGUAAUAAUAAUAGUUUAGUUUUAAGAAUAGUGCCACGGAUUUAUUUGUGAAAUUAGAAUGUUAUAUUUAUGGCCAGUAUUUAUAAAUUGUAUUUAAGGAUAUACCACCUUUGUAGGUUAAAAUGUUUUUGGUACAGGAAAGUCAAAUUUUGAAGAAAUGUUAUACAAUUUGGGGGAAGUUAUAAAAUGAUGAGUGUAGGCGUGAAUGUAAUGUCAAAGUACGAGGUUUAUGAUAAUGUAAUGUAAUGUUUAAUUUAUUUAUCCUUAUAUUUCUAUUGUACGGAAUUAGGUACCUUACGUCUAAAGAUAAAUAUGAAAAUCCAUAAAUUUUCAGUGCAAAUCAAAUCAAUGUAUGAACUAUUUUAUUUUAAAUCUGGUUGUAAAUUCAUGAACUCUGUAAAUAAAUACUUCAGUUAAUUAGAA